AUGGGUGGCCACGGGAGGCACUGCAAAGUCUUAACCCAUCGCCACGUUGGCAAGAUACAUGCCAGGCCCACUGUAACACAGGGACGCGGUGGCCGAGUGGUUAAGCAUGGGAAACUCAAGACUAUCAUGACGGCAAUCUUAGUUCGAGGGGUGAUGAUGAGUUUCCUCGGUGAUGGGAUGCCUUUAGCCUCAGUCCGGGGUAAGGAAAUAUUUGGCACGGGAAUCAGCAUCAAAGAAGAGUUCAGUGAAUAUGUCACCGAAGAUUCAUGCCUGGAAAUUAAAGAGGAGCCACUUGAUUAUGGAGAUGAAGCAAGAAAUGAAGUAUGUAACGUGAAUGUGAUACAUGAAAGUCAUUUCUUUCAUAAUCUUCAUGAUGUAAGUCAUGAUGCACAUGCAAAAGACUCAUGUAACUUAGUUCAGUAUUGUAAUGUCAAGGAAAGACUGAAGGAGGAUACACAACUAAAAGUGGAAUCCACAAAGAAAUGUUUUGCAUGUGAGGUGUGUGGCAAGGAAUUGUCUCAAAAGAGACAUGUCAGCAUUCACAUGAGAGUCCACACAAGGGAAAAGCCAUACAACUGUGAGACUUGCUAUAAGACAUUCCCAUCGAAAGGUGAUCUAGAAAAGCAUGGUGACAUACAUAUAAAGGAGAAGCCAUACAACUGUGAGAUUUGCAGCAAGACUUUCUCAUAUAAAUCUAGUUUUUUGAAGCAUAUGAUAAUGCAUACAGAGGAGAAACCAUACAGCUGUGAACUUUGCAACAAGGCUUUCUCUCGGAAACAUAAUCUGGUGAAGCACACGAGAGUGCAUACAAAGAAGAAAUCGUAUAGCUGUGAGACUUGCAAUAGGGCCUUUUCCGAUAGAGGUCAUCUCAUAACGCACAUCAGAGUACAUACAAAAGAGAAGCCAUACAAAUGUGAGAUUUGCGAAAAUGCCUUCUGA